GCGAAGACUGAUUGGUCGAUACAAAAUGGCCACAUGACACGAAUAUCAGAAGUUUUCAUUUCCAAGCGCAUUUCGAGACGUUAGUCAAUUAUGGACAAAGUUACAUGUGAUGUCCACGGUGGGGUAUGUAUGCUAAAGACUGGCGUGAAAGAUGGCCCAAGCAAAGGCAAAAGCUUUUACGUGUGUGUGGACAAGCGUGGCUGUGACUUCAGCAGAGUGGCCAGCAUCUCGGCCUCUCGCUGCCUCCAGCAUGAAGAUUCCAUCGUGGAGCUCCAGGCGUUGACGUACAGCCAGCAGGAAGAGUGCGACAGGUUGUUCUACAGGUGCGUUGAGGGUAAAAAAGCCGGACAGCGAUGGUGUGGAAAUGUGCCCUGGGCUAUGCCAGAGAUGGAUGAGAAUAAGUGUAAAAAAUCGGCACACGCUUCCUGUCUGCCACCAGUGCGAAACCCCUUCAAGGCUCCGGAAAAACUGGGCCAAGAAUCACAGUGGAGGAAGAUGCAAAGACAAAGUGAAAGCAAAGACAACAUGGAGACGAAAAGUAGAGCAGAAGAAGGUGAGGGGGAAGGUAGGCCAGUCACACCUGAAACACAUAGAGGACAACAUCUUCCAGCAGGGAUGAAGCUGAAGAAGAAAUCUGGGGAUAAAACACAUCCUCCAAGCAAAAGUGACAUAACCACCUCUGGAGGUUCUGUAACAGAAACAAGCAUCUCUAUAUCUGUUCCCAAAAGUGACAUGGCCACCUCCAAAGGUUCUGUUGAAACAACGAGUGUCUCCACUUGUAAACUGAAAAACAACAUGGCCACCUCCGGAGUCUCUAUGUCUGGGCCCAAAAGCAACACGGCCACCUCCAUCACUGCCACGGCUGUACCCAAAAGCGAAAUGCCCACCUCCGGUGUCUCCAUGUCUGCACCCAACAGUGAAACGGUCUCCUUCAGAGGUCCAGCAGUAACCGAGCGGAGCUCUCCAUCUGUACCCAAUACCAACAUGGCCACCUCCAAAGAUUCCAUGCCAAUGUCUGUUGCCUCCACGACUGCCCCCCAAAGUGAAAUGGUUGCCUUUGGAGGUUCCUCCACGCCAAGCAUCUCUUCAUCUCCGCCCAAAAGUGAAACGGUUGCCUCCGGAAAGUCUGACAACAGCGCAGGGCAGUGGAGACCCCAUCAAAGCAAACAGUGCCAAGAUGAUGAGGACGACGACUUUGCGCUGGUGUCUGUAAAGCCCCCUCAAAAGCCCCACCAGACCCUCACCUCCACCGCCAUCCAGAAGCCUCUGACUUCCUACUCCGCCUUUCAGCCGGCCUCCCAUGUGAUGCACAAGAUGCUGUCCACUCAGCUCCAGCAGAAAAAGGCUACGCUGGCGGUGGUAAACGUGGCGGCGCUGCCAGACAAAGGUGAGCGUCUGAGGACUCAGGUCAGAGAGCUGGAGGCGGCUCUGGAGUCUCUCGACCUCACUCCCGCAGAUGAGAAGCCACCCACCAGCCAGGUAGCGAACCCCUUCAGCCGCCCGGGGGGCACCAUCCUCAUUCCGGCCCCUCCUGCCCCAGGACCCCACCCACAGCCAAAUCGGGGCUUCUCCCAGAUGCAUGGAGAGCACCAGGCCUACUACGGCGGCCGCAUGACGGACAACCGCCUGCUGGCCGUGAAAAACGCCACGUGCAAGGCCAUCGACCACCUGCACACGUCGCUGGAGUCCUGCCCGGCCGCCGACGCCGAGGCGCCGGACCCUAGGGGUCUCCGGGUGUCGCUGUUGGCUCACCAGAGGAGAGCUCUGGCCUGGCUGCUGUGGAGGGAAGCACAGAAUCCAUGCGGAGGCAUUUUGGCGGACGACAUGGGCCUGGGGAAAACGCUCACCAUGAUCGCCCUCAUGUUGGCGCAGAAGAGCAAGGUGAAGGCGGAAGGGGAGGACGAGGAGGAGAAGAAGCAGGAGGAAGGCUGGCUGUCAAAAACUGAUUGCCGACCGAGGCCCUCCAAAGGCACGCUGGUCAUCUGCCCGGCCUCGCUGGUCCACCACUGGAAGAAGGAGAUUGAGCGACACGUGAAGGCAGGUCGCCUCAGCGUGUACUUGUACCAUGGAUCGGACCGCAACAAGAACGCCCGAGUGCUGGCUCAACACGACGUGGUGGUGACCACAUACGCUUUGGUGUCCAGGGAAGCGCCUGGCCAAAAGGAGGCGGACCAACCCAACAAGGAAGCCAAAGAUGCGCCAGCCGCAGCGGGCGGCGGCCCCCUCAUGCGUGUGGCGUGGGCCCGUGUGAUCCUGGACGAGGCGCACAACAUUAAGAACCCCAAGGUGCAGCAGUCCAUGGCCGUGUGCCAGCUGAGGGCGGCCGCCCGCUGGGCCGUGACCGGCACGCCCAUCCAGAACAACCUGCUGGAUAUGUACUCGCUGCUCAAGUUUCUGCGCUGCGCUCCAUUUGAUGAGUACAAACUAUGGAAGGCGCAAGUGAACAAUGGCUCCAAGCGAGGCAGGGAACGACUCAACAUCCUGACCAGGGCUUUGUUGCUGCGACGAACCAAAAACCAGCAGGAUUCUUCAGGAAAACCGUUGGUGGCGCUUCCUGACCGGACCUGUAAGGUGCAUCAACUUAAACUGUCUGAGGACGAGCAAGCGGUCUAUGACGUGGUAUUUGCCCAGUCCAGAUCUACUCUGCAGAACUACCUGAAGAGACACGAAGGGAACGACUUAAAGGGAGAGAGCGCCUCUGCUUCCAAUCCCUUUGACAAGGCGUCCCAAUCUGACCUGCCCGUGGCUUCAUCCCAACAACCACAGCGGGCUGCCAGCACCGCCCACAUCUUGUCGCUGCUGCUGCGUCUGCGACAGUGCUGCUGCCACCUAUCACUGCUUAAAAAGACUCUGGAUUCAUCGGAGCUGCAAGGCGAUGAUGUGGUCUUGACCCUGGAGGAGCAGCUCAACGCUCUGUCGCUCACAUCCGUGUCCUCGGCGUCAGAUGGUGGCGAGGACACGGUGGGCCUGAAUGGGACACGUUUCCCUUUGCGGCUGUUUGACGAGAGCAGCAGGAGCACCAAGAUUUCUGCCAUUGUGUCAGAGCUGGAGGCCAUCCGAGCGAGCGGUGACAACCAGAAAAGCGUGAUCAUGUCCCAGUGGACCAGCAUGCUGGGCAUCAUGGCCGUCCACCUGAAGCAGAUGGGCCUCCGCUACGGCGUCAUCGAUGGAACUGUCAACCCGAAACGCCGCAUGGACCUGGUGGAGGAAUUCAACACCAACCCCAAGGGACCGCAGGUGAUGCUUGUGUCUCUCUGUGCCGGAGGCGUCGGCCUCAAUCUCAUCGGCGGGAAUCACCUCUUCCUCAUGGACAUGCACUGGAAUCCAGCCUUAGAGGACCAAGCCUGUGACCGAAUCUACCGCGUGGGACAGAGGAGAGAUGUCAGCAUCCAUCGGUUCGAGUGUGAGGGCACAGUGGAGCAGAAGAUCGCCACGCUGCAUGCCAAGAAGAAGGAGCUGGCCCAGAGCGUGCUCUCGGGAACUGGCAACGCCGUCGCCAAGCUAUCCCUAGCAGACCUCAAGAUCAUUUUUGGCGUUUGAACAUCGAAGUGUGUUUAAAUUCAUUGGGUACAAAAAUGAAUAGAACCAAGGUUCACUUCCAAGUACAAACAGGCGAAUAUUUUCAUUUUGUAGUUGUGUAUUUGCAAGGAGCAUGGAGGACGCCCACCAGCCCAACUGACUCCUGGGCUCCUGACUUGGCUGUCCCACUUCAAGGCACCUUAGUGCUUGCAGUAGAACUUUCUGCAUAAUUACCCCUCAUUUGAAAUUUUAUUUAUUUACAUUAGCUUUUUUUGUUUACAUUUCACAAUACUGUGCUGUUUGUGUUCAUUAAAAAAACAAGACUUUCA